CGGGGAUAUGCGUCUUUCAGGUGUUGAUUCUUGCGUGACGUAUAAUGGACUGGACGGGACGCUUCUUCAGGAACAACAACGCGGCUACUCUUUCAACCACCUCGGUAGCUUGCUAGCCAACAUAAAACUGAAAGAUUGACGCUUUAGACCAUGUUAAUGUACAUUAGCUAAUCUCAGUGUUGUUAACACAGUUCAGUUGACGUAUCAACUGGUUAACUUUAACCUAAUUUGCUUGUUCAAUUUUCAAAGUUGUUAAAACAUUGACACUGAGCCUAGCUUUAGGCUAGUCGCUAAUUCUAACAUCCCAGACCAUGAGCUCACUAAACUACUCGUCCCCUGUUAAAGAAGAGGUCUGCUGUAUGCAGAAAGAAGCUCUGAGGCUGAACAUUAUCGUGAAAGAAGAAUAUGAUGUUAUAGAGGAAAAAGAGGAAGAACCUUUCAGAGAGGAAGACGAUGCUAUCUCAGUAGAGGUGAAGAAGGAAGACGUCUUGGGAGUGAAAGUGGAGGAGACAGAAUAUCAGAUUAACACCAGAGAGAGACAUGACUAUUGUGGAUCCUCUGGGGAGGCUCAACAACAUCCUGAUGCUGAUGAGUCAGAGAAGAGUCUCUCCAGAUCACAACACCAGAUGGACAACGCUAGCCCUUCCACCCUCCCAGAGUCCCCAUGUCGUGCCUCUCCCGGUAGCACCUUACUGCUGGGUAUGAAGAGCUUGUCUGUGCUGCUGGUGGACUGCAGGAAAACAACGGGGCUGAGUGGAACUGUGAGAGGAAGAGAAGAAAAGAAAGGAUCAGAUUUGACUCAUCAAAGAGAAAGACCAGACUCAGAGGAACCAGAGCCAGGGACGUCCAAACCAACAAGAAGACACCAAUGUUCCCACUGUGGAAAGUGUUUUAACCAGUUAAGGGACCUGUACCGACAUGAGAGAAUACACACAGAGGAGAUAUCUUACCACUGCUUGCAGUGUGGAAAGAGUUUUAACCAGUCAUGGCAUCUGAAAGAACAUGAGAUAAUACACACAGGGGAGAAGCCUUACCACUGCUCCCAGUGUGGCAAGUGUUUUAACCGGUCAGGGAACCUGAAAUCACACGAGAGAAUACACACAGGGGAGAAGCCUUACCACUGCUCCCAGUGUGGAAAGAGUUUUAACCAUUUAAGGACCCUGAAAGUUCAUGAGAGGACACACACAGGGGAGAAGCCUUACCACUGCUCCCAGUGUGGCAAGUGUUUUAACCAGUUAGGGAACCUGAAACAACACAAGAGAAUACACACAGGUGAGAAGCCUUACCAAUGCUCCCAGUGUGGCAAGUGUUUUAACCAUUUAAGGACCCUGAAAGUUCACGAGAGGACACACACAGGGGAGAAGCCUUACCACUGCUCCCAGUGCGGGAAGUGUUUCAGCCGGGCAGGGCAUCUGAAAGAACAUGAGAUAAUACACACAGGGGAGAAGCCUUACCACUGCUCCCAGUGUGGCAAGUGUUUUAACCGGUCAGGGAACCUGAAAAAACACGAGAGAAUACACACAGGUGAGAAGCCUUACUACUGCUCCCAGUGUGGAAAGUUUUUCAGCCAGCCAGGGGAUCUGAAAAAACAUGAGAAUACACACAGGGGAGAAGCCUUACCACUGCUCUCAGUGUGGAAGGUGUUAUAGCCGUUUACGGACCUUGAAAAGACAUGAGAGAAUACACACAGGGAAGUGUGAAUAUACUCAAACAUAUAUUUGUAUGUUUUUAUUAGAA